UCAAAUAGUGACUUUUAUUUGAUAAAGAGUAAGCGAACUCAGAGUUUAGUUUCAACGUAGGCGAUUGUUUUGGUCACCCCGUUACAAUAUACUUUCAAAUAUAUUACAAUUUAUUAAUAAAUCUGAUGGGCAAUUGUUAUUGUUUGCGCUGAUGUGGCCAUUGUAGAAACCUAAAUACAUAUACAAUGGAUGUGGCGUAACGUAACGUAAUAGAAUAUAUAUUUAUCGAUAAUAUAAACAGCUGUAAUCUAAUGCAACUGACUUCCUCUAUGGACAAUAUUCUUUAUUUAUCAUAUAUUGUUUACCAUAGCAUUUAUUCAUUUUCCAACAAAUAUGAAAUGUAAUUCAGAGAAUGACUUGAAAAUUUCAAUUAGUGAGAUACAAAUUGUUAAAACAUGUUGUGUAUGUCAGGAUCAUUCUACAUCACUAACUUUGGUGGAAAAAGCAUUCAUUGGAGAACCACCUAUUUUAUUAAGUGAUCUACUGCUUCAAUGUUUUGAUUCUAUGGAUAAAUAUCAAUUAAUAGUUGGUGAGGAUCCAUCAAAUAAUUACAUAUGUGACUCUUGUGUAAAAUCUCUUGAGGAGUACUAUAACGCCGUACAAUCCGUUUCUAUUAAACGGAAUGAGUUUCUAAGUAGAGUACAAGAUAAAACUAACACACCAGACGGUGUAGAGUAUUUUGUAAUUAUUGAAUCUCUGGAAAAGAAUUCAAACUCGUCUGACCUACCAACUAAACAUGUAAUUAACGAAGAAUCUAAUUCACAUCAUUCGGAUGACGAGUUUGUUAAAAUUAUUAAUUCAGAUGAUGAAUAUAUAGCGUUAAAUUCGUCAGAAGACGAAUUUGUUAAAGUUAUUCAACCAAUCGAAAAUUUUGAAGAUGAGUGGUCAUCAGAUUGCUCAAUUAACUCAAACGGUCGAGAAACUACAGAACAUCUUCGAAAAUCCUUGAUAACUAUUGAACGUAUGCCAAGAACAAAGUUUAGGUUUUGUUGGCGCUGUGAUAAAAACUUCCCAUCGGAUGAUGCCUUUGAAAUUCAUUUGAAACUAAUUCACACAAAAAGUAAAAAAACUAUAUACUCGUGUCAACAGUGUCAAAAAAGUUUUCCAUCCGAAGACGAACAUAAUGCGCAUUUGUCCAAAGUUCACUAUUCAGAUCAGUUACGAUGUGAAAUAUGUGGUGCUUCGUUAGCAUCAUCUGUACUCUUGAAGACGCAUAAAAUGACCCACGAAGAACUUAAGUGUUCCAUAUGCUCGAAAAUGAUGUCAACUCGUAGAAUGCUUCAACGACAUAUGAUGACACAUCGCAUGGACAAGAAACACCAAUGUCUUGAAUGCGGUAACAAGUAUAUAUCGAAGGCGUUUCUCCAAAAACACAUGCUGAUUCAUAAAGAUGUUCGCAGCCACAUAUGUCAGAUUGUAAUGGUACAUUAGGUCAUCUGAAAACAGCCUUCGCAGUACGCCGUCAAUAUUGCCUUUGAAGCCUUUUGCGUUCAUCAUUAUCCGCAUCUAAUACACAAUAUGGAAGAACAUUAAACCUAAGUUUUUCUUCAAUAAAGCGCACAUCCACCUCCGAUGUCAUGGGUAGUUCCGAAGCGAGUUCUGUAUAUUCUUCGUCCUCUAAGUCACCAGUAAUACGGCUAAGUGAACGUUGCGUUUUUGACACUUCGACGUGACAUUCGCGCAGCAAUUUAUUUUGCGCUUGUACUUCCGCUUUGUCAGGCAUCUAGAACUAUAAAAUAAGUAUUUGUUUCACUUUAAAAUUAAAAGUCAAAUUCUAUUCCUUACAUUAUCUUUUAGUGAUUUUUCAAUUCCAGUGAGACGGCCUUCAACACUUCUUAAAAAUUUCAAUAUUUCUUUUUGUCGGGUUUCCAUCGCAACCAUCUUCUGAAUAAUUUCUGAAAUCCUUGUUGAGUAUUCAAUAUUCUUAUUGAGUAAAUACAAAUAAAUGUUCAACUUACCUGUCUGACUACCAGACGACGAUGAACUUACUCCGCUUACAUUGGAUAUGUGAUCACUAUUUCCUAAAUCGUGCAUAUCGAACGUCUUAUUUGAAACUUCUCGAACUGAUUCAUUCAGUUUUCGAAAUUUUGUCGCCGAAGCUUCAAAUUUCGAUUCUUCCUUGCUUAAGAGAUUUGAAAAGGUUUUUUUGUUCAUUAUAAAAUCCAAGUCACGAACUGAAAAAUCGAUUAAGAAGAUUUUAAAAUUGCUUAGUAUUAAAAAAAUAACAUUUCGCACAUAUUUUAUAUAAUAUUUUUAACAUUAAAAAACAGUAGAAAAGUUGAUCACACAAUUGUUCAUAUGAAAUUGACUCAGUGACCACUUGAAUACAUAAACAUACAAUUCGUUUAAAUCAUAUUAAACAAUAAGGUAGUUAUUGCAUUAUUUAGGGUACUAAAAGAACGUCAUUAUUAAUCUACAACUUGCCUCGAUUUGUUUUUGGCGCUAUAAAUAAUAAAUUCUCCAAUCUUCUGAAUAAUGUCAAUUGUUUUAUUCUCAGUAUAUACAGUAGAAAACCUUUUUUUGUUUACAUUAAUUUUCAUCUUUUAACACACCACCGAGGCGUACUUGGGUUGUGUGCUACGCCUUUUUUGCUACAAUUGUGGUAAUUAGGGUGUUGUGCUAGCAUUUAAUCUUCACAAAACUUUUAAAGUCCGAUGAACAGUACUUAAAUUAUUAUUAAAUAAAAUAAAUUCUUUCAUUAUUUUUGGAAUUAUUAUAAAUUAUUUCGGAUAUUUAUUAAAUUUUAUGGUGGUAUUAAGUGUUAUUUAUUGAUAAGUUAGUUAUAUUUUAUUUACAAGUGUAUAACGCGAUUCAACUAAUUUUUAAAUAUUGUAUUUAGGAUCAUGACAUAUUUUGUUUUAAAAAUGUUUAAUAAGGAGGCAACCACGUAUCAUUUCAAGCUUAAAAAACUUUUGUGUACUUCCAAGUUUUGCAAUUCAAAGUAUUUUAAAUAUAAUUAUUUGUAAUAAUUUAAGUAAAAACUAGCAAAAAUGGGUUUUUUGCUAAUUUUGUGCCAGUUAAGUUUAAAUAAAUGUGGCCAAAAAUAACGUACCACAGAGAAGUACUUUUAUGAGAGCUGUAUUUUAUUCUCACCACUUAUGAAAUAUCUCAUCAACAUUUUAUAUUUUUUUUGCAAUAAUAUGGCACACAUUGAUGUUAAAAUCUUCUAUAAUUGAAAUAUAGUAUAAAUAAAUAAUUUCGCUUUAUAUAAGACAGCUAUAUACACUGGUGGUCACAUAAUUAAGGACACUCCGUUUUCUUUUAAAAUAUUGGUUUAUUUUAUAAUUUAAAAGCGACAUAUUUUUUUAAACUUCAGUUACCAUAUUUAUUAUCUUCUAAGGUAUAGAUUUAUUGAAAAUUUAACGAACAAAUUGUUUCCCAUCUGAACCAAAUAAAUUAAACUUGGAUUCAUCGCUCAACAGUAUUUGUUUCCAAAAAUCUAAGGGUUUUCCGAUAUACUCCUUUGCAAAUUUAAUACGACUCUUUAAGUUUUUGUUUGAUACGUGCGGUUUUGUUCUUGCGAUUCAAGAAGACGACAUCUGAUGGUUCGUGUUGAUACAUCGUUGGUCAGUUGAUCCUUUAUCGUGCCAAGAAUUUGCCUGGAAGUUUUCUGGGCCGUUUCUUAUUUUACUCCCUGUCCUCCGGAAUGAAUCAAAGCAUUGUGAACCAUUGAUUUUGAGCAUAAAAGUUCCUUCGCUACGGCUCUAAUGGACAUUUUUUCCUUCACGUACUUGUAAAUAAUCAUUUUCCUCAAUCCUGGAAUUCUCUUUCGACCCAUAUCUAACAGUUAUUUUAUUUGAUAUUGAAUAUUUAGUUAAUAUACAAAUGAUUUAUACAACUUACCGCAAGUUUUUGUGUUAAAAUAAUAAAAAAUCCAAUAAAAAAAAUUGGUGUCCUUAAUUAUGUGACCAAGCACCAGCACACUCCAAAUACAAUAAACUCAUCAAACCGCCGAAUUUUAGAAAAAGUGUAUAAAUUUUUCACUCAAAAACGUGCUACAUUUUUGAGCACAGUUAUAAUAUACCGUUGCAAUUUACAGUGGGUCUCUAGGCGAAAAUUUAGUGCUAAAAACAUUGAACUGAAACGUGAGUUAAACUACUCAACUUUAUUUUGUCCCUAAUUAUGUGGCCACCAGUAUAUGUACAUAAUAUUUGCUAUUUUAUGACUAAAGUUUUACUAAAAUGAAGUACUCAAUAUAUACAGCACUGCGUUUUUUCCAAGAUAUAGCCGCCAUCUUACUAGCCGGCUAUCUUACCACCGAGAAUUCCCCACGAAUAAGGUUUUCUAUUUUAUGUACUGUGGUUUUAGUCCAAAACAUUUGGUUUGUUUACAUUAAUUUUCUCACCACAGUGGUGUAUUUGGGUUGUGUGCAAGGUUUUUUGCUACUAUUCUGGUAACGCCGGUAUCCAUAUACCGGAGCUAAAAAUUUGUUUUCUAAAAAAAUUAAGCAUAAUAAAUGGCCGCCUAUCAGCACAGAUCUAAAUCCCUGGUAUUGAUGACAUGUGUUCGAAAGUGAACGACUACCUCCUCGAACUUUCUAGUUUCUUCUCUGCGAGGAGCAUGGCACUCGCACCCGCUGAAUCCUUGGCGACCCUUUUUACCAAUUGGACGAAAGAGUACAGUCUAAAUAUUAAUAUUCACGUCUAUGGCACACCAAUACCGACUGUGAAUAAUCCCAAGAUUUUUGGUGUCACAUUUGUCAAAUAUAUAUCUCAUAGAUAAUGCAAAGGGCAAUUUUAUCUCAACACGUCUAUACAUGUCCCUGCAAGACAGGUACCGGCGAAUUCUCCGGUGAAAUGCCAGGGAGCGGUACCCGCAGUUUCAAUGAAAGUUUCUAUGCCAUUCUUAAGGGCGAAUUGACAAAAGUACCCGAAACUAUUGUGUACGUGUGAUCGUUCAUCCCUUUCUUGCACAUUACAUUCAUCAUUUAGCAAUGUAUAUAUACCUCUUGCACAAUUUGGGGAAUGGUAUUGGUACAAUCACGGAUGAAAGACCCAAUACUGCGAACCAAAACUACAUGUGCAGUUUCAGUACUGCGACCCACAAAAGACCAGAAACUAUACCUGCUAUUUUCGGUUAGUUCUACUAAAAUCCCAAAUGAGAAUUUAAUAACAAAAUCAUUAAUUAUAUUUCAUAUUUAUUUAAAAUAUCAUGCCAUUUAGGUGUUUAUUAUUAUAUUUACUUUAUAAAUGUAUUAUCGUACUUCACUAUAUACAUAUGUAAACGUAUUGAAUAUUUGAACAAUUUUUGCUAUCUGACAAAGGCUGGAGGAAGAGUGGCAAAUGUCAAAUACCCCGAGCGGCCUGGAAGUGUAAGCUGCGCACAUUAUGUGAGGACUAUUUUGGUUUCCUUAGGUGAUUUGGAAGAUCUGUUCUUUCAUUAAUUUCAUUAGUACUAGAUUCGUCCAUUUUCUGGGAGGAGAAAUAUAAAGUAAAAUUAGAAUUUUUACAACAUAAAAGUUGGUAAUAAUUACCUUAUGUUUCAGGAAUUCUAAAUCUAACACUGGCAACGUGCUAGUCUUAACAUCCAUGCUCUUGCUGUAGUAUUUCCAUUGAACUAAUUUCGGUGAAUCCAUGUCCUUGUAAAGCGAUAUAACAACGUUAUGAUUUCUCAAUACAAGGUGAAAAUUAAUCAAAAAAGUCCUCCUAAUUGAACAUACAAGAAGUUUUUAAAUUUCUAUGAUCACAAACAUUCACUUAAAUUUAUCCUCUGAUUUCUAUGUUUCAGCUGCUGGUAUGGCCAACUGAGGUGCUGGUAAGUCCUAAAAAUACUGCAUCUGCUUUGCCCUCUAGCUCAUUGGCAAAACCCAGUUGACACACGUCGCGACGAUAAACGGUUACAAAAUCACCUAAACCAUGUGGUUCCAAUUCUUGUGCUUGUGUUGACCAAAAGGUUUAAUUGCACGUAAAAAAGUGACAUUAAACCUAA